AUGGCAACUGCUGUGGAAAAAGCUCUACUUAAACAACCGUACUUUGACCUAAAUACUCUUUGUAAAACUGUCUUUGUGACUUAUAAAGCUGGACCCAAAUUAGACAAAAUUGUUACAGUUCAAUCUCAAUAUGUGGAUAUUUGUAACAAACCUGGUGUCCGAGGAACUGUGGUUUCGUUGGCUGGAUCUCCAGGAUCUCAUAAUGAUAUCAAGUACAUGAGAGAUUCUUUCGAGAAGCACAAUAUUCGUUUGGUCUGCACAAAUUGGCCUGGAUCAGAGUUUGUCACAGGUGGUCUCCGUGAUAGCUACACAAACGACGAACGCAACUCGUAUGUUAAAGCAUUGAUGGAAAAAUUGGGAAUGAAAAAAGUGGAAAAACUGAUUGUGAUGGGACACUCUAGAGGAGGAGAAAGUGCACUACAAAUGGCUUGUAUUCUGUCUGAGGACAGAAGUUGGCCACUGAUCGGAGCAGUCAUGAUUAAUUCUCCUGGAUUUGUUCCACAUAGAGGAAUUUCAAUGAGAAUGGGAACAAUUAACACACUCGCAUAUCUCAUAAAACUUCGAUGGAAAGCAAUUGACAGUGUUCUGUUCCCGGUUCUUGAUUGGUUUUACAACGAUUUUGUCGGAUUACGUGUAGCUGAUGGAAAAGUGUCAGCUGCUGCAAUUCUUCCAAUGCAAACAUUUGCAUUCGACAAACAGAAGGUCUCGAUGGACGAAAUGAAAAAGAAACCAUGGGUUCGAAUGUUUUAUGCCUACGGAUCGGAUGAUUUUCUCGUCGACGAAUCAGAUUCGGAAGAGUUGGCAAUGUAUUUCAAAGGGGAUCAUUAUGUGAUUCAUAACAGAAAAGAAUCUGAAGAAGCUAUACCGAAAAUCUGGGACAGCUAUGCCAGAGGUCAAUCAUAUGUGACUGCAAACUUUACGGCGGAAGGUCAUUAUCUCCAGAAGACGUAUCCAGAAUUUCUGAUUCAAGUUUUAGGCGGAAUGUUUGAUGUAGAAACAAAGGGGCCCAAAUAA